AAGGAUAUUUUUAUUUCAGGAUUAACAAAAAUCAGCCUACCUGGUAUAACUAUGUGUUGUGUGGAGUUAGAGGUCUCCGAGAUGAAGGCGGUAUUGAGGGUCCUCUGGUUGGCUUGGAUAUGGUGGUGGGAGGCAACAUCCCACCCUCAUCUGGACUGUCCUCAUCAUCUGCUCUGGUGUGUGCAGCUUCUUUGGCUGUUUCACAUGCUCAUGGCCUCUCUCUGACCAAAGACAGACUUGCUGAAAUUUGUGCCCGCUGCGAGAGACAUAUAGGUACUCAAGGAGGAGGAAUGGAUCAAGCAAUAUCUUUCUUAGCAAUUAAAGACACGGCAAAAGUGAUUGAAUUCAAUCCAUUGCAGUCAGUAUCGGUGACCCUGCCACCAGGUGCUACAUUUGUUGUGGCAAACAGCUUAGCCCCAAUGAACAAAGCAGCCAAUUCCAGCUUUAACUGUCGCGUCAUGGAGUGUCGUUUAGCAACACAAAUAAUGGCCAAAAAUGCAGGACUAGCUUGGAAGGAAUACAGCACAUUAGGACAGCUGCAGAAAAUCUUAGGGAUGAGCCUGCCACAGAUGAUUCGACUUGUUUCUGAUACUUUUGAGCCUCGGCCUUAUAGUAAGGAGGAAAUCUGUGAACUGCUUGGUACUUCUCCUGAAGUACUAAAUCAAAUAACCUUGAGUGAAAAUACCAGGCACAUUGAUCAUUUCAAGCUACAUGACCGUGCCCUACACGUUUUCUCUGAGGCUCACCGAGUAUGGGAAUUCAAGCGUAUUUGUGAAGAGCUCAGUGAGACAGCCCUGGAAGAACUUGGAAGACUCAUGCUGGAAUCUCAUAGAUCUACUCAGUUGCUGUAUGAAUGUUCACAUCCCAAACUUGAUGCCUUGGUUGAUCUCUCACAGGGAGUUGCUGAGGGAGCAAGAUUAACUGGAGCAGGAUGGGGUGGGUGCAUAGUGGCCCUGGUGAAAGAAGAAGCUGUAGAAAACUAUAAGAAGAUGCUAAGAGAAAAGUAUUAUAACAAAGAACCAGAAGCAGAGGGUCGGGACAUAAACACCAUUCUCUUUAGCUCUCGACCAGGCUCUGGGGCUUGCAUUUUUGUACAGUGAGAGAUAAGCUAAAAUGCAGCUAUUGGUAAAUGUAAGGUUGUUUCCAGAAGUCUGGGCCUGUCAGGAACAUAGAUAUUACAUUCUUUGAUAUCAGUUUUACAAUAUGUAUUGCACAUAAACAGUUUAAGGAUACUGAAAAUGUUUCCGAUAAACCUUGUAUUGAUUGUACUUGCUCCUCUACAGAUGAACCAUAUUGUGAAAGAAGUUGGUCCAAAAUUAUGGAAUACCUUUUACUUUAGGUUGAUAAUUCAUUUAUCCUUAUUUAUUAUAGAUCCCAAUCAGGGAUCCCAUAUUUUUUGUUUCUGUACAGUAUCUUGAAAAUGCCUCUUCAUGUUAAUUUACUACACUGUGUGAUUAUAAAAUUGUUUUCUUUUAAAAAUUAGUCAUCUUAUCCCCUUGGUGGUAAUUUUAGGAGCUUUUGUUUUCUUCUGUGCUAGAGUGACGGUGAUUAAGACGACUGAGGUGCUGGAUGGUAUCACUUGAAAUGCAGGUUCAAAGAGCUUUUCUGAAAGAGCCAGUUUUUUUUUUUUUUUUUUUUUUUUUUUUAGAUUUUUAUAAAUUAUUGCUCUACUGCUAUAUCUAAAACAGUUUAGAUAAACUUUAGAUUUGGUAUGCGAAUAUGUUUGAUUUAUAUAAUGUACAGUGCUGUACUAAUUUAACUGUUUUUCAGACAGUUAAAUUUUUUAUUUUAUGAAAGUGUUAAUGUAGUUUUUGGUCAAUAUAAAUUGUCAUACUCCAUAGUAUAAAGAUUUUGUCUUUUUCUCUAUAUGCAGUACUGUCCUCCUUAUUUAAUUUUCACUAAAAAAUUUUGCAUGGUAACUUAUUUUUUACUACCCUUCUUAUCUCUUCAUUACACUAAUCACUCCUCUUCACUUCUGCAUCUCUCUCAUAACCACAAACCUUUCUUGCACACUUAAAACUGUUAUUGAAUUCUCACUAUACCUCCUCAACUAUUGAUCCCUUUGUCACUAGUGUCAACCCAUCUUCUGUAAGUUGCUCAUACCUCUCAGUAAAUUGAUCAUUCACUUGCAUUUUUCAUUUACUCAUUAACACAAUUUGUCUUUCACAGAUAAUCUGCUCUUAAAGGGAACUUAUAAUGACAUUUCGGUCCAUUCUGGAUCAUUGUCAAGUCACAUCUGUCUUGGCAGUGGUCCACGUUAUUUGUUAAUUGCUCCAGCCACAGUAUUAGGACUUAUUCCUCACCAUUUGCCUUAUACUCCACCUGGCUACCACUGAAUAAUGGCUAGACAUAUCAGCUGUCUUCUAAUAACAUAAACAAUUUAGAAGUCUACCCAUUUAUUCACUAUUAUAUACUUUAGCAAACUACUCUUGCUAUGUAUUUUAUCCUGCCUUGUAUGGUAUACUUAUCUUUUUCCUCUUAAAACAUGUAUUUCAUAUAUAUAACUAAACAUCUUUCUAAAUUUAAGUGUCCCUAUUGCCAUUUAUCCUUGACAAUACUGUCUUCUUUAUUAUGCAUUUCAGAACAGUAUCUCCAGCUUUAACAUAAAGUUCUCAGAGCAAUUAUCUUUUUAGUUGGUUUAAAAUUCCUCAAAUAUUUACUUAAUACUUUCUAGAAUCUCUCUUCUCUACAUUCCUCUUUUAUGACCUACUCGUCACAUUCCAGCUUUAUUCUUAACCAUGUGAUUCUCAAAUUUAAACAUCUAUAAACCCUUUUUUUUUUAACAAUAGUUCAUUUAACAUUAUUAUUAGCCAUUUUGCUGUCAUUUUCUCCAGUAUGUCUGGCUUAAUUCCAUUUGCUCCACCCCUAUUUAAACUCUUCCACUCCUUAUAAAUUUUGGUACAUGCAACUUUCUCUUAUGUAUAGCAUUUGUGCUAUUUUUUUUUUUUCAAUGAACCAGCCAUAUCCCACCAAGGCAGGGUGACCUAAAUAAAUGAAAGAUUUGUGCUAUAUCCACACAAAUUCAAAGAAUCCAACUUUCAACAUUUCCUCUUUCCUUGUAGUAAUUACAUAGAAUAGAGGCAGAAAUGAUCCCUUUGUUCUUGCUGUUUUAGGCAGCUUGUUUGACAGCAUAGAUUACAGGGGAUGAAUUCUAGCCUACUUUCUGGGGACAAUUAAAAAGAAUAUUCUGCAGGAAUAACCAUGCAUGAAAUCAAAGAUAGAGUAUACUGAAAGUAAGUAGAAGCUUGUAAGAUUUACCUACUGUUACACAUACUCAUAAUACAGAAAGUAAAGGCCAGCAGUACUGUUGGGGUGCAAACCAUGUUACAGGCUUUCAUUUCAUACAUAACAAGACAGUGGUACCUCCCCAGGGGGAAGUUGCAUUUUACCAACCUACUACUGCCUAAGUACCAGCUGCAUUUGGUAUUCCUGGGCAGUCACCUAUCUACUAAUCAAAUGCAGCAUGACUUCACAUCUCUUGAUUAGACUGGUUAUACCUCUCUCAUGUGAUCACACCAUAUCUGCUUACACAAGAGCUUUAAUAGGUAUCAUGCAAUUGUGUUAAUUGCACAGUUACAUCAUACAUAUCAUGGACAAGUUUGCAGUGACCUAUUUUAGUACAAUUCUCAUACAUAUGAGUUUUAAUUUACAAUAUAUGAAGUAACUGUGCCAUAUGAAGAUGCUCCACAUUGAGUUAUUUCAGUACAAAUCUCAUACAAAGUUGGCACCGCAGUACUUUUACUGGGAGUGUAGUCAGAGAAAAAAAAUUUGUGUGUCUUGCAACUCUCAGCUGCAGCAUCACCUGUCUGAAACAAGUUAAAAUAUUUGGUUUUGUAAAGUUUUGCCACUAAGCAUUUAUCAGCAGACUUAUGAACAUUACAGUACUAAACAGUAUUUUUAUUACCUUUUAAGUAUUCUUUAUAUUGCCAUGUUUCAAUUACUGAAACACUCCCUCACCCAAGAGUGGGGAAUAAUCUUUACAUCUAAUUAGUUUGCUAAUGUGAAAGAUAAAUAAAUCAGUAGUACAAAUUUUGCAUGCAUUAAUAUUAAUAAAAAUGUUAAGAAUUUAGUUUCUUGUUUGUAAACAAAAUGCUGUUGAUCAGACUGCAUCGUCAUCUGUACUUAUUCUUCACAGUACUGUUGGACUUUAAUACUAGGUCUUUAUUGGUAACUCAUAAAAUAUUAUUGUUCCGGUGAUGCAGUGCUAUGGUAUAUUAUUUAAUAAAUAUCCAUGAGAUUAAUUUAUAAACCAUACCACGGGCGGGAUUUGAACCCGCGGUCAGAGAGUCUCAAAACUCCAGACCGUCGCGUUAGCCACAAUAAGAUUCGUCCAACUAGGUAUAUUGUAGAAAUAUACCUAGUUGGACGAAUCUUAUUGUGGCUAGCUGGUCCAGUGGCUAACACGACGGUCUGGAGUUUUGAGACUCUCUGACCGCAGGUUCAAAUCCCGCCCGUGGUAUGGUUUGUUUGCAAUCGUGUCAUUACGAUUAAUUUAUAGUCCUAAUUAAAAUCUUAAUUGAGUGUUAAAAUACUCGGAUAACAGAAUAUCUAGUCAGGUAAACUGUCAUCAGGAAAUAACAUCUCGGGUUUUGUUAGUUACAGACGCACACAGCUUAGCUAUUGGUACAAGCUGACUACUUAGCUUUGGUCAUUUAUUUAUGGAGUUGCAUAUAUCAUUUGACUGAAGGUAGUUGUCACAGGAACUGGCUCAGAUAAUUUUGUAUAAACUGUUUAUUUAAACAUUUUGUAAUCUUUGAAAUCUUACUGUUGCUUGUUGCAGAAAUAUUAUAAUAGAUACUUGUAUGCCUUUUAUUGUUCAGUAACUGUUAAAUUGAAAAUGUGAACACCUUUUCAGUCAAAUACUAUUAAUUCGUAAUCUUGCUUGUGAAGAGAUACUAUUAAAAUUACUCUCAAGUGUUUAUAUGGUAAGUAAAUUUGUCUGUUGAAUUGAAAUGUAGGGUUCAUAGACAAGUUCAGAUAUUAAUGUCAGCCUUUCGUGGAUCUGAGUACCAUGCUGCUUACAAUAGUGUAAAGGACAGACACACUGCAGAGGGAGUUUUUGGCUCAAUGUUUCGAUCCAAACAUUGAAACAUCCUAUUAAAAGCUUGUUCUGCUUUUCUUUACUAUUUUCCUGUUUGAAUAUGAAUAUCAGAUCUCAUUUUGGUUGUUUAAUUUAUUAUUGUGGUGCCCAGUUUUUCAUUUAAUAAUAAAGGUAAUAAAAACUAUAACUGGUGAGUGUGUGUGCACAAAAAAUAUGUUGAUAUAAAUAUUGAUGAACAUGCAUUCAUAAUACAGUAUAGUGUAUAUAUAUAAAAAGUUGUAUUUUGCAGGUCAGAAUAUCCAAUUGUUAUUAAAUGGAAUUUAGCUACAGCAGAGUAUUGCAUACUGUUACUGUCACGUAAAGUUGCAAUAGUAGCUAAAAAUAUUUGAUUUAAACUUUAUAGGCAGUAUUUAAUUUGUUGUGUGGUGGGUUUUCAUUAUCUCAGGAAUAAAGGUUUCUAUUCAGUUAAUUAUGUCACAGUGAUUUAAAUACAAUCAAUCUUCUUUGAUUUUAAAUGAUUCAAAUCAAGACUAACAGAUUAUUCAUUUUCUGAUCCAAUAAAAUAUUUUCCAACA